GCAGCCUUCUCCUCGGUCACUGGAGGAUGAGAAUGGAGCGCGUACUUUUCAGGGGUGUUGUGAGGAGUAGGAGAAUAAAGUAAAUAAAGUGCUUAGUGUGUAGUAGAGAAGGACUGGAAGCAAGCUGGGUGCCUCUCUUGGGUAAGAACCUGGAGCGCAUUCACACUUUGGAAUCUCCCAGAGCGGCUAAUGAAGAAGCAUUGUUAGGUGGGAAAAGCAAGAUACAAAAUAGUACGUGCAGUAAGACCUCAUUUCUGUAAGCACACAAAACCACUUGGUUUCCCCCGUACCUAUGGAUACAUUUCCAGUAAAUGGACAGGGAAAAGUCCAGGAGGUCACAUGUCAUACUGUUAAUGGGAGGGGGGUGCAACUGCCUUUGGAAGGGAGCUCCUAUUUUGUGUUUCUGUGUUGUUGAAAUCCCCCGCAUUUUAUUAUAACGCUCUGUGUCAUUUUGUUGUUGUUGUUGAAACAAAAGAGCAAUUGAGGAAAAUUUCAAAAUACAUACUUUUCAGGGCUAUUGUAAGGAGUAUCUAUGGAAGGUAUAAAUAUGUGUCAUUCAUUCGUAUGUACCUGUGGAUAAAUGGCUUAGCCUGGUGUUUGUGAGCUCACCCCAGGGCCAAGAUGUCUUGGAAUUCAGAAGUUUUCAGAUUCGAGGAAGGUAAUCUAGCACACAUGGUAUAUCAAGCAACCCCACCAGAGGAACCUACAGCAAUAUUCAGUCAUCCAAUGUGUUAAUUCCAUUUUUUACUGAAGUGUAAUACACAUACAGAAACACAUGGAGUACCUGUCCAGAUGCCCACCCAGCUGCCACAGGGGAUCCCUCUGGGAGACUGAAGGGCAGGCUCCCAGGCCCAGGUUGAGGCCAGCCAGUCCUGAGCUUUAGACCAGAGGAAUGGCAGCACCCCCAGAGCCUCAGGAUGAGGCCCCUGGGGAGGGAGAGGGGCUGCUGAUCGUCAAGGUGGAAGAUUCCUCCUGGGAGCAGGACUCUGCCCAGCAAGAAGAUAGCAGGGAUUCUGAGGCCUGUCGCCAGCGCUUUCGGCACUUUUGCUAUAGGGAUGUGGGCGGGCCCCAUGAGGCCUUCAGCCAGCUCUGGGAGCUCUGCUGUCGCUGGCUGCGGCCAGAGCUGCGCACCAAGGAGCAGAUCUUGGAGCUGCUGGUGCUGGAGCAGUUCCUGAGCGUGCUGCCCGGAGGCGUCCAGGGCUGGGUCCGAGAUCGGUGUCCAGGGAGUGGAGAGGAGGCCGUUGCCUUGGUGGAGGUCCUGCAGAAGCAGCCAGUGAAAGCAUGGCCGCAGGAAGUGCCCUCAGAGGAGGUGGAACCCGAGGCUACAGUCCAGGGACCCCAGGCCAGGGGGCUUCACAUGAAGGUGGGGGCGCGAAGCUGGCCUCGUGCACCUUGGGAGCAGCACAGCUGUGGUGGGUAUUUCUGUUCCAGAAAGCCUAGGGAUGCGUGUGCAUGUACACGUGUGAGAUCUCACUCCUGGCCCGGGCUGGCGUCUGUGAGCCUCUGUUCUUCUUCAGCCCAGCUUCCCGCUCUUAAAGAAGGGAGAACCAGAGAGACAGCCGACACCUGCUUUGCCUCUGAGGCCUACGGACCUGUGACAUUUGGAGACAUUCCCUUCUAUUUCUCCCGGGAAGAAUGGGGCUCUCUGGACCCUGCUCAGAGGGAACUCUUUUGGGACAUAAAGCGAGAGAACUCCCGGAAUGUUGCCCUGGCUCUGGUGCCAGAACCCAGUGGAACUGAAGAGGCCGCCCCCUCUCGGAUUGCAGGUUUGGGGCUCCGGAGCCACAGGGAGCAACCCGGGCUGGAGGAGUCGGUGAUGGCACCGGGGGGCCAGGCCGGAGACGGUGGCCGUGGCACGGGCCAUGGUGACGUGACUGCGUCCUGGAGCCCCGAGGAAGCUGAGGCUUGGGAGGGCGAGGCCCGGCCAGGGGCGCCCCUGGGCCGCGCGGUGGGGGCGCGCAGGGGGCGGCCGCCCGCGCGCCGGCGGCAGCUGCGGGACCUGGCGGCCGAGAAGCCGCACAGCUGCGGCCAGUGCGGCAAGCGCUUCCGCUGGGGCUCCGACCUGGCGCGCCACCAGCGCACACACACAGGCGAGAAGCCGCACAAGUGCCAGGUGUGCGAGAAGAGCUUCCGCAGCUCGUCGGACCUGCUGCGCCACCAGGGCGUGCACACGGGCCAGAAGCCCUUCUCCUGCUCCCAGUGCGGCAAGAGCUUCAGCCGCAGCGCCUACCUGGCCGACCACCAGCGCAUCCACACGGGGGAGAAGCCUUUCGGCUGCAGCGAGUGCGGCAAGAGCUUCUCACUGCGCUCCUACCUGCUGGACCACCGGCGCGUGCACACCGGCGAGCGGCCCUUCGGCUGCGGCGAGUGCGACAAGAGCUUCAAGCAGCGCGCCCACCUCAUUGCCCACCAGAGCCUGCACGCCAAGAUGGCCCAGCCUGUGGGCUGAGGGCUGACGAGGGCCGGCGGGGGUCGGGUCUCCUGAGGGUGAAACAGGCACUGCAGGCCUCCUGGGCUUCACCCUCCCUCUGUGGCCUCCAUCUGGGCUGCCUGCCCUGCCCUAGGGCCUGGCCGCCGCCUCCCCCCACCUCACCCCGCUCCCAGGGAGUGGGACGCCCCCCCGUACCUCAUGGCCAUUUCCCUUCUUCCUUCCUGGGGCCGCAGCCCAUUCCUUGCCUGUGGCCUCUGCGUGGGAGACAGGCUGUGCCGUCAGGGAAGUGUGAGGACUGGGGCAGGGCCUGGGGUCUUCCGCACUGCCCUACCAACCCCCACCCCCCCACCUUGCUGGCCCCCGUGGCUUUUUGUUUCCUGCCCUGUGGGCUGAGUCUGUGGGCCUGGCCCUCUGCCCUUCUAAGCUGUGCCUUGCACUGGGUGUGGAGGACAGGCCAUGACCUGUAGGAUGCUGCUGGGCUCUGGGAGGGACAACCUAUCCUGGGGAGGAUCUGGGUCCUGGGUAUGGCCACAGGAGGCUUCCUGGCCACAUCCGCUCCCAUUUCUAGGCCGUGACCGCUGGGCCCUGAAAGGAAACUGGCUGCCUCUACUCUUAGCCUACUUGCCCCCAAGCGAGUCCCUGAGCGCACUCCCAGGCCAGUCUGGUGAGGGUGGUGGCGGCUCCAGGGAUGUGAGGCCCACACUGAAGACCAAGGACAGGGCUGCUGGAGGCUGGCUGCCCCCAGCGGCCCCCCCACUCCAGAGGUGUGGGGUUUGUGAUACUUAACACUAGCACUCUGUUAGCACUCAGUCGCUGACUCCCUAAGCACUGCAUUCCGUGCUGCGGGCCACAGUGUCUGCAGAUAGGCGACAGCAGGGACCUACCAAAGGCUCUCUGAAGGAGCUUGGCUCUGCUGGUCUCCAAAGGGCAGGCAGCAGAGGACGUUGAAUAAAUAACGGAAUCUUU